CAACUACAAUACCAUUUCUCUCAUCACACACAACACGCACCAACACAAGCAAACACACACAAAUACGGUACAUAUAAUAUCAUCUAUCACCCCCUUAGGUAAAAAAAAAAACAGUCGGGAGACUUGGUUGUUUUUCUCAAAUUGUUAUUUGUGUGUCUCUCUUCCUUUGCUUGCAGGGGAACAGGAAAACAAAAAUGAACUGAAAAGGAUGGAACAACUGCUAUAGCUCUUGCUCAUGAACAUGUCAUUCUCAGGCUUUUGAAGUGAUCCCAACCAAACACACACACACAGCACCAUCAUCACAAGGCUAGUAUGUUUUCCUCAAAUAGUUCCCUCAAUGGAAAUGACCUAAUCUCCUCAUCCUCCUACCCUAACAACAACCAAGCAUUUAUUUUCUCUAGGCAUUUUUCCUUUGAAAGCAACCUCACUUCAAAAGAUGAAACCAAUUGUCCUUUGUCCUUACUUCAAUUCCCCUAUUCUCCCUUUGAAGACCAUGAAAAUAUCUUCCCUGAACAACACCAUGAUUUCUCACUCCAACAACAUCAAUCUCUACCUGAGCCUGUUGUGAACAACAAUAUGGAUGCUUCAAUCAACAACAACAAGAAUAAUAGUAUUCCUGGAACCUGCUCCGUUGUAGGAAAAGGCACUGCAACGGAGCAGGUUGCGGUGAGAAGAAGAUCUAGCAAGAGGGAUCGGCACAGCAAGAUCAACACGGCUCGAGGACUCAGGGAUCGGAGAAUGAGACUUUCACUUGAAGUUGCCAAGAGGUUCUUUGGCCUUCAAGACAUGCUGGGCUUUGAUAAAGCAAGCAAAACUGUGGACUGGUUGCUGAACCAAGCAAAAGUUGAAAUUAAGCACCUUGCAAGGGAGAAGAAUCUCCACCACCCAAGUUGUAGUGGCGCCAAGAGCAGUUCUUCAACUUCUGAGGGUGAAGGGGUGUCUGGCUUGGAUGAGGUUGUGAUUAGUGAAAAUCAAGAGCAAGAGAAGGAGCAACAACCAAUAGUGAAGAGGAGAGCUAACAAGGUUUGUAGAAAGAGUGCAUUCAAUGCUAUUGGGAGGGAAAAGGCAAGGGAAAGGGCAAGAGAAAGAACAAGAGAAAAGCUGAGGACUAAGAAGCUAGCUGAUGAUAAAGAAUCAAAGCAAUGCAAGGAGGUAACAAACCAUAACCUGAACUUGUGGAAUCCCUUUGAAACUGUGGAAGAAUCUGCAGGCACCCACCAGAGCCAAAGUGUGAAUAAUCAUCCCUCCUUGGAUCUUCUGGCUGAGGCUGAAAAAGAACCAAGUUCUCAAGCAAAGGAGAAUUCAGGAACUGUUGUAGAUGAUGAUAUGUCUCAUGAAGAUUCCUUCUUGAUUAUGAGCAAAUGGAGUCCAACCAUGAUGUUCAAUUCUUUGAGUAAUUCAGAAAUCCUUCAAGAACACCAAUUUGCAGAAUUUCAGCCCUUGGGUAAGCAAUGGGAAGCCUACAACAAUCGUAUCUAAUAUGUGUUCGUACUUGCACCCACCAUUCUCUUGUGGCAGCAGAAUAAAAUGCAUCUUGCUGUUGUAAUUUCUUUACUUUCCUUUUGGCAUGUAAUGUUGUAAGGUAUCUUCCAUCUAUUAGCAUAUAUAUAUGAGAAACAAUUCAUUGUUCCAUUAAUGGUUGUUACUUCUAUGUCAUCUCUAUAAA